AUGGAGUUUUAUGUCUUUCACAUCAUUACUUUUCUCAUGCUUGUGGUAACUAAUGCUGCAACGUUACCUCCUCAACUUUAUUGGAAAUCAAUGCUUCCCAACACUACAAUGCCAAAAGCCAUCACUAAUCUCUUACGGCCAGUUGCUGAAUAUUGGAGUGAAGGAAAAGCGACUUGGAUCAAUGAUGCUGACGGUGUUGAAUUUAAUGUUUACUAUGUUUAUCCUGAAAAAGUUGAGCAUAAUAUAUCAAAUUUAGGUAACUUCUUCUUGAAAAAGGAUUUGCAUGAUGGUAAAAAAUUGAGCAUGAUAUUCCCCAAAACAACCUCAAACAAUAAUGUAGCAAAAUUCUUGCCUAAAGAGGUUGCUGAUUCAAUACCAUUUUCAUCAAACAAAAUGGAAAACAUCCUUCAUAAAUUAUCCAUCAAGAAAGGAACAAAGGAAUAUAAAAUUGUGAAAAAAACAAUCAAUGAGUGUGAAUCAAAGGGUAUUAAAGGAGAGGAAAAACUUUGUGUAACAUCAUUAGAGUCAAUGGUUGAUUUCACUACUUCAAAACUUGGAAAAAAUGUUGAAGCUAUUUCAACUGAAGUGAAAAAAGAAAGUAACGAGUUCCAAGAAUAUGUGAUAGAAAAAGGAGUGAAGAAAUUGGGAGAUAAGAACAAAACUAUUGUGUGUCACAAAGAGAAUUACCCUUAUGCAGUUUUUUACUGUCAUAAAACAUAUACAACUGAAGUUUACUCUGUGUCUUUGGAAGGUGUUGAUGGAAACAGAGUUAAAACUGUUGCUGUUUGUCACACUGAUACUUCACAAUGGAAUCCUAAACAUUUGGCUUUUCAAGUGCUUAAAGUUGAACCUGGAACUGUUCCAAUUUGUCACCUUCCCCCACAAAAUCAUGUUGUUUGGGUUUCCAAGUAA